CUUCGCCCCAAGCGUAAUACUAAGAGCUCGGGUGUAUCUGUUGGUGUCCGAGAAAUUAUUUUCAGAUGUCAUACAACCAGUGAUGACAUCUUUCCUUCGGUUAGGCCAAUGCCUUCGCAGUCAACAUGGGAUAUACCGAUACGCUACUGGGAAACAAUCGCAAGAGACGGCUUGGCUUGCUAGGGACACGGCUACUGCAAAUGUAAGGAUAAUUGCAGCUUAUCAUAAUUCUAUUUAGGAAAACCGGACGCAAUCAAUCAAUGAUUAUGAAAAGUGUUACUCAUUCUCGCCUUCGGAAUCAGCGUGGUAUUCUGAACCUAAUCUAAUAUCGCACCACUCAUUCGACCAGAUACCUUGAAAUAUGUAGAUGAUGAUAGCCUUUUG